AGGCGGUGCCCUCCGCUCCGCCGCGGUUCGGGGCCGAGGGAAAACCCCGCCGUGUCCCCGGGGCCGUCGCUGCGCCCUUUUGUCCGCGUUUGCCGUCGUCCCGUGCGAAAUCCCGCCUUGACAGACGCUGGCUGUUCUGCGCUCCGUGUCCGUUGCCGCCUGGCUGCGCUCUCUGUUCGUGCUGCUGCUCCUAUAGGCUUGUGGUUGCUGAGAAAUGGCCAAUGAGAAUCACGGAAGCCCUGCGGAGGAGGCAUCUCUAAUGAGUCACUCACCUGGCACCUCCAACCAGAACCAGCCCAGCUCCCCCAAACCUAUGCGACUGGUACAGGACCUCCCAGAUGAGCUGGUGCAGGCUGGCUGGGAGAAGUGCUGGAGCAAGAGGGAGAAUCGUCCGUAUUACUUCAAUCGCUUCACCAACCAGUCCCUGUGGGAAAUGCCUGUUCUGGGACAGCAUGAUGUCAUUUCAGACCCUCUGGGAUUGAAUGCAGCUCCUAUGCCACUGGAAGGUGGAAUGGUAGAGACCUCAGUGGAGAGCAAGCAAAGGAAGAGGAGAUUCUCUGAGGAGGUUCCCUCAAGUGGCAACAGUGUGAAAAAGCCCAAGUCGGAUGUUCCGGGGACCCCAGCCACUCAACCAGUCCCCAGCUCUCCCAGUAUUCCAGGAUCCUCUGUUUUGAAGGCGUGGUGUGUUUCACCUGAAGAUAAGCAGCAGGCAGCUCUUCUACGACCAACUGAAGUAUACUGGGACCUGGAUAUUCAAACAAAUGCAGUGAUUAAGCAGAGGGCACCAUCUGAAGUGCUUUCUCCACACCCUGAAGUAGAGCUGCUUCGAUCCCAGCUCAUUCUCAAGUUGCGGCAACAUUAUCGUGAGCUCUGCCAGCAGCGAGAAGGGAUUGAUCCCCCAAGGGAGUCUUUUAACCGCUGGAUGUUGGAGAGGAAGGUGGUGGAUAAAGGGACAGAUCCUCUUUUACCGAGUGACUGCGAGCCAGUAGUGUCUCCUUCCAUGUUCAGAGAAAUCAUGAAUGACAUUCCCAUCAGGCUAUCCAGAAUUAAGUUCCGUGAAGAAGCCAAGAGACUGCUCUUCAAGUAUGCUGAGGCUGCAAAACGGCUCAUUGAAUCCAGGAGUGCAUCACCAGACAGCAGGAAGGUGGUGAAAUGGAAUGUGGAGGACACCUUCAGCUGGCUGCGACGGGACCAUUCUGCUUCUAAGGAGGACUACAUGGACCGCCUGGAGCACCUACGCAAGCAGUGUGGGCCCCACGUGUCUGCUGCAGCAAAGGACUCUGUUGAAGGCAUCUGCAGUAAGAUUUACUACAUAUCCCUUGAAUAUGUCAAGCGGAUCCGGGAGAAGCAUCUUGCCAUCCUCAAAGAAAACAAUAUAUCUGCUGAGGUAGAAGCUCCUGAAGUCCAGGACAGGCUCGUGUACUGUUACCCAGUGAGACUGGCCAUCCCCUCCCCACCACUCCCCAGUGUGGAAAUGCACAUGGAAAACAAUGUGGCAUGUGUGCGGUACAAGGGGGAGAUGGUGAAAGUGAGCCGCAACUACUUCAGCAAGCUGUGGCUUCUCUAUCGGUACAGUUGCAUUGAUGACUCUGGCUUUGAAAAGUUCCUACCCAGGGUUUGGUGCCUUCUCCGUCGAUACCAGAUGAUGUUCGGUGUGGGUCUGUAUGAAGGAACUGGCCUGCAGGGGGCACUUCCCGUGCACGUCUUUGAAGCCCUCCACAAGCUCUUUGGAGUGAGUUUUGAAUGCUUUGCCUCGCCACUGAAUUGCUAUUUUAAACAGUACUGUUCGGCCUUCUUGGAUACAGACGGGUAUUUUGGAUCCAGGGGCCCGUGCCUGGAUUUUUUCCCUAUAAGUGGGUCUUUUGAGGCAAAUCCUCCGUUCUGUGAGGAGCUGAUGGAUGCCAUGGUCUCUCACUUUGAGAAACUGCUGGAGAGCUCCAGUGAGCCCCUGUCCUUUAUUGUCUUCAUCCCUGAGUGGAGGGACCCUCCCACACCCGCCCUGACCCGCAUGGAGCAGAGCAAGUUCAAGAGGCACCAGCUCAUCCUGUCAGCCUUCGAUCACGAAUACCGCAGCGGGUCUCAGCAUGUCUGCAAAAAGGAGGAGAUGUACUACAAGGCUGUGCACAACACCGCCGUCCUCUUCCUGCAGAACAGCGCAGGCUUUGCCAAGUGGGAGCCCACGCCAGAGCGGCUGCAGGAACUCGUUGCGGCCUACAAGCAUUCAGGCCGGACCCUCAGCUCCUCGUCGUCCUCCUCCUCCUCGUCCACCUCCUCCACAGACAAGGAGCGAGAGCUGGGCCGCGAGCAAAGCAGCAGCCGGGAGCCCAAUGCUAACUGAGGCGCAGAGGUGAGAGGCAGCAGGGGAGGUGCCGGCGGCCCCGAGGAGGCUCGCCGGGCGGGCGGAGAGACUGCUGGCUGUGCAGCACCGGCCCGGGGAACUCUUGCCCAGCAGCUCACGGCACCAGCCUUCCCCUGCGAACCGCACG